CUCGCAUCGCUUUUCUCGACUUCAAUCUAGUCGCAAUGGGUUGCCGAGUCUGUCGCGCGAGAAAGGUCAAAUGCGACGGCCGACCCAACGGGUGUCGGAACUGCGAGCGCCUCCAGCUCGAGUGCGUCGACGAUGAAGGAUCGAAAUCCGGUCGCCGGUCGGUUCCCGUUUCGCUGCGGAAGAUCCGAACAUAUCGCUCCUGCACGCACUGCCGCGUCUCCAAGACCAAAUGCGACGGCGACCGCCCGAGAUGCUCGCGAUGCAGCGCUCGGAAUCUCGAAUGUCUGUAUGACGGCGGUUCGGCCCCUCGCUGGGCGCGCAACCUCAGCAAGGCGCCCACCUCGGCUUCGGCGGAAGAGGGUCGGAACGAGUCUCACGACUCUUCUGUUGCGCCGGGAGCUUCCAGCUCGCCCAGUGUGAUCCAGUCCCGAGAGACCGGUAGUGUGCUUUCCGACCCUCCGAGGUCAUCGUCGACGAGAACCACCAGCACCACCAACCCACCAGUGGACUUUUCCGACGACACCGAGUUGUCGAUUCACUCAUGGCUCGUGUCACCGGACCUCCCUUCUGGCCAUAACAUCCGCGCAGUCAUCGACCAGUACUUUGCCAACAUCCACCCCCUCCGAUGCUUUGCCUUCGUUCAUCGUCCGUCAUUUACUAGACAACUAGACAAGGGCUUCGAAUCCGAUGAUGAAAAUGCCCUGUUGCAUAUUAUUUGCGCUCAAGGAGCGAAGUUCUACGCUCUUAAUCUCAAUUCAGAAGACCAUGCCGCCAAAGCAGGCCUGAUCCGUGCUGCUGGAAACGCGUGGGCUAAAAAGGCAGAGUUAAUAGUGCUCACCAACUUUGGAAACAUUUCAAUCCAACGACUCAUGACCUGCGUCUUGCUUUACGACUUUCAUUUCCGAUUAGGCGAGUAUACUCAAGCACUUAUGCUAAGUGGGCUCGCGGUCCGAAUGGCCCAUGCCUUACAAGUCAAUGUUGAAUACUCUCCCGAUAUUCUUUGUGCCGACACUGUCGAGGGCGCUCCACCAGCUGUGGAAAAGGAGAGUCGCAGACGCCUCAUGUGGGCUUGCUAUAUCCUAGAUGCUUGGACUGGAAGUGGCGUUGACCAGUUGACACUACUCCGUGAGGCUGACAUCAAGAUUCAACUUCCAUGCAACGAGCGCAAUUUCAGACUGCGCAUCCCCUGCGUCACCGAGACUCUGGGAGUAGGACACGUCCUCCAAUUUCUACCUCCUGCUAUUGUUCCACGGAGACCAGCAGCAAACAUGGGUAUCAUGGCAUACUACAUCCGGAUCGUCACACUGUGGAAACGAGUGGUUAGAUAUGUCAAGCAUUUGGAUACCAGCCCCCCGCCUUGGCUACCCGAAUCCGACUUUGUAGCCCUUGAUGCUGAUCUCCGGUCAUGGGGUGGCCAACUUCCCGAGUUCAUAUCCUACUCGCCUGACACCGUUUACGCUCGACUCGAGUCAGACCAACUUGGUUCCUUGGUUCUCCUACAUUGUACCUUCCACCACAACCUCUUGGAUCUGUACAGGAUAUCUAUGCCGGAUCUAUUCAAGUUGAGGAAGCCGUUCUACUUCCCUCCGAACCAACAGGAAUUUCUACGAUCCCUUCAAGCCGAUUGCUUUCACCACGCCCGUGAGAUCGCAAGUAUUCUAGCCGAAGCCGAAAAGCACGGAAUACGUCUGCUUGCGGACAGCUUACUCCCAUGCUUUGCGUAUGACAGUAGCCGAGUGAUGCUCUACUACAUUGCACGUCUGCUCGACUUGAGCAGGUCAGAUGCGGAGGGUAUCGUCAUGGAUGCGAUCGCCGCCGUUGAGAGCAACAGCAAGAUAUUAAGAACAAUGUCUGCGCUGUUCCCUCUCGCAGACUCUCUGGCUACAACUACAGAACGAUGGCUGUCCAAGAUUCGUCUCAGCUUUGCACAAGACGAGGAGAUGAGCGAUGCACCCGAUGACGAACUGAAUGAGGAAGAAAGUCCCAGAUCUCCCGUUGGCCUAGGCAGUCCUGUUGUGAGCAACCCCGGAGACACAAUAGCAGGCCUUGGCAUAACUCGCUCAGCGCGAAACGAGGCGCGCGAAACCAAACCAGAUCCGACCACUUUGUCGAGUGAUUCAGGGAGUGUCAGUCCUGCUCUUAACAGGCCAGUGGCCCACGGAUUGCCAAAUAAUCCCCACGAGACCCCGGCGCGAUCUGGUCUUCAACACGAGCAACCCGUUGCGCUUCGGACACCACCCGCAACGACAACGACAAUAACAUCGUCGGCAUACAUGAGAGACCAUGCGGUAGACCUCAGUGAUUUGCAAAACUACUUGUCCUGGGACAUGUACGGCAUCAUGGAAAUGGGCGACGCCGGAUUAAAGGCCGGCAUUGAAGGUAAAAGCAUGCCAUCCUGGAGUGGCGCGAGGCGAUGAAAAUGGCCAUUUUGACGAAGAUCAUCUCGAUGAUAAACUCUCCUGGCCAUAAUGUCAGGUUCGUCGACGUGGUGAGGGCAACUUCAGAUGGCCGCGUGGACGCGCAGCUGUGACCCCGCUCGGAUCGUCGGUUCGGGUCGUCGCCC